UCAAAUUCGCGCCGCCCCCGGAGUGUUGGCUCGGAGCUCGACAUAAAAUCACUUUCGAUGCGGGUUUCUCGGUAAAUUGCGGGAUUUUAUGAUUCACGGAGGAGUGCUCGUCUUUAAGACACACUUUAAGAACACUUUUUAAAAAGUAUAUCAUUCAUAAGGACGUUUUUUUUCUGCACCCCCGCCUGAAAUUUGUAAGUUUUUUAUCUGACUGAGUGAAGACAGAAGUUGACCUCACUUUAUUUUUUAAAGUUGGUGUCUUCUUCUUUGACCCAUGGCGUGUGAAGGAAACGGUAUUUCAGAUGAGCGGAUAGGCGAGGCUCUGAUCAAAGAGGUCAUAAAGGAGGAGCUGAAGGAUGUGUCCUCAGACUGCCCGCCCCUCACCCCGCUGGCUGUGGAAGUGAAGACAGCGCAGGAGCAGAAAAUAGUGACUCAGCUGGGGAUAAUGAUCCGGAUCAUCGGCGACCGGGUCAAAGACGACAAGGAGUUCCAAGACGCCAUAGAUGGGGUGGCUUGUUGCCCCGGCUCUAAGUGGGACAGAUUCAAGGAAGUGGCGGCCAAAGUGUUCCAACAUGGGAUCAACUGGGAGAGGAUCGCUGUGCUCUUCUACGUCGCCGGCAAGCUGGCUGUCAGGUUGGUGGAAGCCCAUCUCCCUCAGUCUGUGACGGACAUCCUAAAGUGGACUGUGGACUUUUUCAAAAAGAAUCUGCUGGGCUGGAUUCGGGAGCACGGAGGAUGGAUCAACAGUUUCUCGGACCUGGCGGUGGCGUCCAUGCAGGGCGUGUCAUCGCUGAGCUCUCACAGCUACGGCCUCAUCUUCAUCUUUGUCGCCGGGCUGGCUAUAGGAAGCUUUAUCACCUGGAGGAUGACCAAACACUGAGACACACACACACACACACACACACACACACACACACACACACACAAACAUGCCACUUGGGUCAGCACAGGUUUUUCAGUUAAGAGGUACUUGACCUGAUUCUGAAAUGUUUACCAGAGGUUUUAUUAUUCAGGGUUGUCAUGUGACAACAUGUCUGCUCAUGACCACAUGUUGCCGUGUGAUGGUCAAACUGUAAAAUGCACCAAACACACUCUACUUUUCUAUCCUCUCUAAUGUUAUCUAUGCAUAUACAUGUAUUCGAAACAGAUUCCGUAUGUAGGUCGUCCCCCCGGAAAUUCGUUCAACCUUUUAUUUAAAGUCAGAAAAACAUUGAGACCUCAUUUACAAUGUAGCUGAGUAACAAAAAAAAAAUCAUUGUUAGCUCCACGAAUGCCUCACAGCGGUAAACAGGUGGUGACACUGCAGCGUUUGUGCUGCUCCACACCUGCGUUCCAAAUGUUCCACCUGCAGCGUUCAGCUUUAGUGCACCACCACACGGGGUGCGUCCCAAUUUCCCCUCGUUUGAUCGCUCCGUCACCAUGAAGGACGGUGGUCUGCUCCGAGGCGGGAUCCCUCCCUCAAUGAAACAAACCAAACUUCUCUAAGGGGAGAGUCUCGACGGGCCGCUAUGACCUGCGAGGUUAGGUCACAUGACCGCAGAAGGCGUCACUAGGUUAGUUAAUCUGUAGCUUGUAUACGCACGCAGUGAAACUGUACGUGAAAAGUAGCUAGACUCUAGACUGCACGGACCUGCUGCCGUGGUUACACUAUAAUAAACUGAAGAAAUGAAAGUGAAAAAAAGAAAGUGAACGAAUGUAAGACAGACCGAGCUCCCUCUUCAUUUCAACUUUGAAGAAUUCACAGAAUUCUUUCUCAGAUUCUUUGCUGUGCAGGAUGUUUUUAGAGGGAGAAAAUGUAUUUUAAUUUAUUUUCUGAAAUUAAAUAGUCAUAUCGGAGGAUUGUGCACAGAUAUGACUAUGCAACGGUUGGCUUUCUUAAUUGUAAAACUUUAUUUAAGUUUAGUAUUCUUCAACAUGUUCAACAUAGGAUUUUCAUCUGCAUUAUAUACUGUGGGAAAAACAGUUUUUAUAUCGGCCGGUCGUAUAUCAGAUAACAUAUACGCAGAUACAGAAAUGUAAUGAUAAAUAGUAGUGUGCAUGUUAGCAGAUUAGUGGUUAAAGCCUCGCAGAUCGUAGUGGUCUCUCGAGAGUCUCCCCUGUCUCUUAUUGUAGCUUAUCCAGCUGUUCUUAAACAGUCAGUUUUAUUUAUCAAAUAUCACAAAUCAUCCGUUUUUAUAAAGAUAUAACCCCCUCUAUAAAUCUAUAAGGAGGAAAAACUGGGACAGAGCAGAUGAGGGAUCCAUCUUCAGGGCAGACAGACCUGCAGUACAGAAAAGUCCUACACGGCAAAAUGAGUAAAGACGAUCAUGAUGACUAAAUCAUAGAUUGUAAACAUUUAUGAAGAUGACAGGACAGACAUGCACUUUUAAGUACAAACUUUAUUAUACCUAUUAAGACUGAGACAGACCUGCCGCUGAAGGGUAAUGGGGACAGGUAACAGGACUGAAGAUGAGUUUGAAGUCUGAUGAUGAGCACAUACAUUUUUAUACCAGCACAAAUAACAGAAGGAACUCAGGUGUCAUAUAAUCUUUCCAUUUCUUAAAUUUCCAAUAGUCAUUUUCCAUUUAGUUGAAAAAAUAGUGAAUCUGUGUUUGAUUAAAAUGAGACAGAUUUUUCCUAAUCUGUCAUUUCAUAUUUUAUCCUGCAUCAUGGAUCAUAUUGUAGUCGGGGGGAGCAGUUUAAUCAGCAAUAACACUGCACAUCAGGUGGAAACAAUCAUGAGACCUGCUCAUAAUGUAAAUUAUUAAAUUAUUAAACAAAUUAUGCAAAUUAAGUUUUUUUUUUUUUUGUGGUUACGGUAGUUAAGAUAAUAAUGAACAACAGAGCAAUAUUACCAAAAAUGAUUUGAUGUAUUCAGAAUGGCAGACGAACGGUCAGAGUUGUGAUAUCAAAGUUAAACAAUAAAAACCAUCCCAUAUUAUAAAUUAAUAUUUAAGACAACAUUCACCUGCCAUUCAAAUGCCUCAUGUUCUUUAUAUAUUAUCCUUUAUUUAAAACAUAUAAAGCCACAUUAUGUUUACUCUUUGAAAACUUGUGCCUUUUAAAAGUUGUGAAAUCAUGGCAUUAAUAUGAAUCUCUGCACAAACAUGAUGUGGAAGGUUUCCUACCCUGUGAAUGUCACUUUGCAGUCCAUGGAGCACAUGAAGUGUUUCCUCAGUGUGACUUUGAGCAGCAGUGAUACUAUUUUGAUACAAUAGUAGAUUGAUGCAUUAUUUUUUUAUACUAUUUUUUAAUGGGGAGCAUUCAGAGUUGAUGUACAGCUGAUGCAACCGGGGAUGCAACGAUUAUAGAUUUCCAUGGUACAAUUCUAGUUUCACAAUUACAAUGCGUUCGUUUAUGUCACAGCACUACAGAUGUCUAAAAUCACAUGAGCAGGUUUCGUUUAUUUAGCAAAUGGAGGACAUCUCUCAUUACAUGCUCACCGCUACCUCGUGCAAGUGAUAUCAGCACUUCACAGUUCCAGACCUGUGAUGUUUUGUACCGCCGUUAAUCAUGAAAUUUGUUAAUCGCUGCAUCCCAAAAUGCAACAGCUGGAUUUUUCACACAUUCAUGUGCAAAAUAACUAACAGUAAAUGUCAGUAAAGAUAUGUUUUGAAAUGAGUCGAAACCAUGAGAGAGUUUGUCCACCAGAGAGCGCUGAUGAGUUAACUUUAGCUUGUAUGUGUCCCACUCACGACAUAUGUUUGUCACAGUUCUUUCAAAAAAACAAAUUAAAGGGAUUCUGAUGAGAAAAA